ACCUACGUAGACCUCAUUCCGGUCCCGUCUCUGCUAAUAUCUCUGUCCAAACACUCCAAAUUACACGCUAGCUCUCUGUGACAUACAAAACAAAGGCGCACAGCAGGGAGAGCCAUUUUUAAAGAGCAAGAGAAACACAGCUCUCUCACUUAGUGUGAGUCACCAAGACUCCAAGAGAUAGAGAGAGAGAGAGAGAGGGGCAUGGGACCAUUGUCCUGUGCUUAAAUUCGAUAUUUUUUUCGUGAACGACACGAUCCGACUCUGCCGCUCUAUCUCUCUCUCUCUCGCUCUCUCUCUCUCUCUCUUAUAACAACAACACCCUUUGCAAUUUCAGUCUCCUUUCUCUCACUACCUCAGUACUCUCAAACUUUCUCUCUUUCGAUCUCCAUGGAAAUGGAAGACCAGUAUGGUUUAGGAGAUCUCAGGCAGCUCAUGAACGGAACUGGUAGGUCUCACUUCCCGGCCAUCCAGACUCCGACGGAGCUCUUCCCCAGUAGCCACCACCAUAGGCCUCAGCUCCUCGCUCCGGCCCAUCAUCAUCAUCAUCAUCAUCAUCAGCAUCAGCAGCAGCAGCAGCAUCCCUACGAAAUCAUGAUGAUGGGCCGGCUUCAGACCUCCCACGACAUCAUACCACGUGGGAUUCAUGAGUUUCGGUCUGCUGACUCGGCCGGUGGUUGUGGUGGUGGUGGUGGUGCUUGUACUAAUAAUACUGUUGCGGCUACUUCUUCUCUCAGUGGCGGCGGUGGUCUGGAGGCUGAGGGCGGAGGCUGUCUCGGCGGUGAUGGCGGGUCCGGGAGGUGGCCGAGGCAAGAGACUCUCACGCUUCUGGAGAUCCGGUCACGACUCGAUUACAAGUUCAAAGAGGCUAAUCAAAAAGGGCCGCUCUGGGAUGAAGUCUCUAGGAUCAUGUGUGAGGAACAUGGGUAUCAAAGAAGCGGAAAAAAAUGCAGGGAAAAAUUCGAAAACUUAUACAAGUAUUACAAGAAGACAAAGGAAGGGAAGGCCGGAAGACAAGAUGGAAAGCACUAUAGAUUCUUUCGGCAGCUUGAAGCUCUCUAUGGCGAAACUAGCAACAACAUUGCCGUCUCAUCACUCCCACCAGAUCAAUCCCAUUUCGUCGGUAAUAAUAAUAUCAAUAACAAUAAUAAUACUUUUCGUUAUCAAGCUCAACCGAGUCAUCAAGAUACUACUACCGCUACUACUUAUCAGUCCACUCAAAGCGUCUCGAACUCUUCCGAUUUCGAGGACUCGUCUUCCUCGGAGGACAACGACGGCAGUGCCAUUGCUCCGAUGGACGAUGAAGUGCUUGAGAUGAAGAGGACGAGGAAGAGGAGGGGAUGGAAGGUAAAGAUAAAGGAGUUUAUCGACGUGCAAAUGAGGAAGAUGAUGGAGAAGCAAGAGGAGUGGUUGGAGAAGCUGAUGGGCACGCUUGAGCAGAAAGAAAGGGAGAGGGUGUUGAGAGAGGAAGAGUGGCGAAAACAAGAGGCGGGCCGGGUGGAGCGAGAGCAGCAGUUUUGGGCUAAAGAGAGAGCUUGGAUUGAAGCAAGGGAUAAAGCUCUCAUGGAUGCAUUGCAGAAAUUAACAGGAAGUAGUACUAGUCAUGAAGUAAAGACUUCUUCUUCAACCCCUGAUCAUGAUCAUGAGGAUAUUGUGAGUGAGCAAGAGACAUGGCCGGAAUGCGAGAUUAACAAAUUGAUUCAGUUGAGAGGAAGCAUGGAGUCGAGGUUUAGUACUAGUCAGAGAGGUGGGUGUGUGGAGGAAAGACUUUGGGAGGAGAUAGCGGCGAAGAUGAGUUGUUUGGGAUAUGAAAGGAGUGGAAUGGUCUGCAAGGAGAAAUGGGAGAGCAUAAACUAUGUGAGGAAGUGUUCCAAAGAGUUGUUCAGUAAGAAGAGGAAGGAGAACAAUUCAAGGUCAAGCUCUUGUUACUUUGGGAACAAUGAGUCAAAUUCCUCAUUGUAUAGUAGUCAAGGAGGAGUCUAUGCUACAUGUGAAAUGAAUAAUCAUGAACAAGGUAAUGGUGGUUCUCCCUCUAAUAAUCCAAAUGUAGGCAAUGCUGCAGUGGUGAACGACACUUGUUUUCCAUUUUUGAUGGGCGAAGGAGACAAUUUGUGGGAGAACUACGGGUUGAAGCUCAGCAAGGGUAGCCAAAACCAGUGAAUUAGAGAUGAGGAAGAUGACAAAAAACUUGUAAAGGGUAAUUGGAAGGUGGUUUUGCUGACUUGUUAUAUAAGCAAGGAGCUAACUGAGGAUUUAUAUAUGUAUAGGAGAGGUUUGAUGUUUAAAUUUUAGAGGGAGGAAAAUAAAUUAAGCAUUUUAUUUUCUUUCUGGAGUACUACUAUUUAAUGCGGAAGGGAGAUCGAGGUUGAAGUGGUGCUAAGUGUUGGGAUUGUCAUCCUCCAACCCAACCUUAAUUUUCAAAGUUUUAUAUAUCGACCUUUAAUUAUUAUGCAAA